CACAGACAAAGCAUUAUGCCCAGUGAGUACCAGCUGGUACCAUCGUCUCCUCUCCUCGUCCUCUCUACGGACUUCAUUUGUUGUGUCGUCUGAAAACCAGGACAUGGAACUAUAUAAAUAUAAAGGACAACAGCAAACUGCAAAUAUCCUCCUGGGUUGUCUGGUUUUGUUCUUACUUUCUAUACUUUGUCCAGCUGAGAAACUCUGUACAGUAUCUCCUGACCCUGUGUCUAUAAAAGAGAACAGCACUGUGGACGUCCUCGUAGCCAGGAUCAACUGUAGUGAUGAUGUCCAGCUGACCGUCACGGAGAACCCUGCGGAGGCUUUCUACCUGCGGGGGACGGACCUCAUCGCCAAGAGAGGACUGGACUUUGAGUCCCUGCCCAGUGUGGAUGAUGCUCUGUGGGUCCGGGUACGCUGCAACAGAACUGGCUCCAGAUCAGUGAACGUGUCCGUUGAAGUUUUCAUUGAAAAUGUGAACGAUAAUCCUCCAAACUUCGCUCAGAGUCAUUACGUUCUCCAGGUGAACGAGCUGACUCCGGUGAACACCAGUGUUGGUCAGAUAGAGGCCACCGACAUUGAUUCUGAGCCACUUUACUAUCGUUUAGAGCCAGCCACGAACAGGUAUCUACGACUGGAGAAUGCCAACACCCCCAACAUACUGGUGCAAAACAUCAUAGACUACGACUCCGUCCAAAAGAUCUCCCUUGUCUUACAUGUACAGGACACGUACAACGUUUCUGAGUCUGGCGAGCCUUCGUUCACUGCCGUGGUGACCAUCACGGUUAACGUGAAGGACGUUGACAACCGUCCACCGUGGUUCCAGCCCUGUGUCAGAACCAACCUGGGGAUAGCCAAACUGUGUGUCAGCUCCGGCUACAGGGCAAAGGUCAACCUCACAGAGAAAGAGGAUGGUGCUUUAUCUCUGGAGCCUGGUCCGUUAUACGCCAAGGAUGGAGACAGAAACAGGAGUGAGCUGAUCAGCUACAGGAUACUUAGAGGGAAUGAAGGCAGCAUCUUCCAGAUAGACGAGGAGACGGGGAACAUCUCCAUGGCCAAAGCGGCAGACAUAGCAGGUCCAAUAACCCUCACUGUCCUGGCCUCCCAGGUCACCAACAGGGACCAGUUUGCGGUGACUCAGGUCACCAUCGAGGUGCUGAGGAAGAGCAGGAACCCUCCUCGGUUCGAGAAGGAGCGUUAUGAAGGAUACAUCUACAGUAACUCAGUCCCAGAGACCAUGAUCCUACGAGACAGAACCUCCAACAGACCCUUCAGAGUCAGGGCCAGAGACGAGGACUUUGCCACCGGUGUAAACCCAGACAUGAGAUAUGAGGUGCAGUACAGCAGUUAUGUCAACGUGACAACCGAAGGGUUUGUUCUUCUCAAGAGGAUAGUGAAGACAGAGUCCUUCGCUCUGCAGAUACGUGCUAUGGACCUGUCUACAGGGGAGUUUGGUACAGCGGCCCUCUCUGUCCUGGUUAUACCAGCUGUGGCGGUCCCUUUGCCCUCGGGGGCAGGGUACCGGGCGGGGGACAUGGCUCUGCUAGGAUUGGUCAUGGCAGCCAUCUUGGUUCUCUGCUUCAUCGUGAUUGGCUUCCUGAUCUCCCGCCUGAAGAAAGGAGGCGCCAACCUGGAUAAGAUAACUGAGUGUUUGGCUCCAUGUCUGAAGAUGGCGAGGCCCCAAGGGAGACCCAAGGACACCCUGCAGUACACCAACGAUGGCUACCAGGGUACCGAGGGUGAUGCCCUGCGCGGCGGACCCAGACGCCCAGAGCCGGUAGACAAGAGGGGCCGAGGUGCUACAGUCCCUGGGGACAGAGGCAGGGCCAUCCCCCUGGAGCGACGCCGGAGCGACCGCCACUGUGGCUUCUGCGGCCUGUACGCCAACCACAACCACCAUGCCAAGCCCAGCCCGGCCAGCAGCCCUGCUAGGGGAGCUGGGAGAGGAGAAGGAGGAGACAAGGACGGGAUGAGGUCCAUCCUCGCCAAGGGGGGAAGGAAGGAAGGAGGGAAGUCAGUGUGGUUUAAGGAGAACGAGGAUGCGUCUGGGAUCGAGGUGGAGAUCAUCCCGGAUACUCUGGGUCAGGAGGAGGAGACUGAGGAGGAGGUGUUGGAUAUGGAGGAGAUGGAGGGGGGAGACAGGAGCAUGUCUAGUCAGACAGAGAUCGAUGGUGGGCAUGGCGACCAGGAGAGCCAUGGAGAGUCUGAUUCAGCUACUAAAGAGGAAAAAGAGAAGGAGGGUUGAGAGGAUAUCUGGGUUAUAUUCUAUAGGGAGAGGAUAUCUGGGUUACAGUCUACAGGGAGAGGAUAUCUGGGUUAUAGUCUACAGAGGAUAUCUGGGUUAUAGUCUACAGGGAGAGGAUAUCUGGGUUAUAGUCUAUAGGGAGAGGAUAUCUGGGUUAUAGUCUAUAGGGAGAGGAUAUCUGGGUUAUAGUCUACAGGGAGAGGAUAUCUGGGUUAUAGUCUAUAGGGAGAGGAUAUCUGGGUUAUAGUCUACAGAGAGAGGAUAUCUGGGUUAUAGUCUACAGGGAGAGGAUAUCUGGGUUAUAUUCUACAGGGAGAGGAUAUCUGGGUUAUAUUCUAUAGGGAGAGGAUGUUGAGGCACUAAACAGAAGAAAACAGAGUAAAACAAGAAGGUAUGUGAAGAUGUCCAGUACGAACGGACCGCUCUACAGAACAAACCCCAGCCGGACCGCUCUACAGAACAAACCCCAGCCGGACCGCUCUACAGAACAAACCCCAGCCGGACCGCUCUACAGAACAAACCCCAGCCAGGAAGAGAAGUGGAGUUUCCAUCAUCAAGGGAAAACCUGAUUCCAGAGUGGGAUUCUAGAAUAUGGACAUUAGUUCACAGAUUGGAGGGAUAUGACCUUUUUGGAUAAGUGUGUGUCUACAUUAUGUGGCUUCCAUCACACUAUGGUGAGAUAUUAAAUUCAAUACAUGGGGAGUUAUUCUUUCAAUGUAUGGUGAGUUAUUCAAUAUAUAAAGACAUUUUCCAUGAAGAACCACAAGAAGGGGAUCAAGUUGGAUACAAUACUUUUUUAACUUGGUAUCUUUUAAUGAUUGUUCUGAGAGCGAAUCCAUCAAGUCCGUGGGAAAGAUUUUACGAGCAUUACUAAUGAGGGGAAAAAAUACUAUUUAAAAUGAGGACAUUUUUUUUUACCACUGAAAUAAAGUUUGGAAGGAGAACACAUCUACUGAAUACUAAACAAAUUGAGGACAUGUUGUAUUACAAUUUUAUUUAUGUUUGAAGAAAAAGUAUGAAAUGUAAUAACCUUAUUACAGUAUGUAAAGUAUGUGGAUACAAAUUCUGACAUUUUAUACUAUUUAUGAGUUAUUAAAGCAGGCUUGUGGUCAAUUCA